GACAUGGCCUCGCUCUCCGAGUACGCCUCGCGCAUGAGCCGGCUGAGCGCCCGGCUGUUCGGCGAGGUGGCCAGGCCCACGGACUCCAAGUCCAUGAAGGUGGUGAAGCUCUUCAGUGAACUGCCGCUGGCCAAGAGGAAGGAGACUUACGACUGGUACCCCAACCACAACACGUACUUUGCGCUCAUGGGGACCCUGCGCUAUUUCGGUCUCUACAGAGACGAGCAUCAGGAUUUCAGGGAGGAGCAGCUGCGCCUGAAGAAGCUGCGCGGGAAGGGGAAGCCGAAGAAAGGAGCGGGGAAGCGAGCCAUGAAGAAGAAGUAG